UAUUUUUCAUUUUCACUUGAUUGUGAUUUGUGAGUUUGUGACAGUAGUAGUAGCCGCGUGUUGCACCGGUUUUAAUUGUUAUUAAAGAAAUUUUCACACAAGGUAAAAUGUCGAUCCACAUCAAGGACUCUGAGGACCUGAAGACCAGGCUGGCGGAGGCUGGUGAAAAGCUGGUGGUGAUUGACUUCAUGGCCACCUGGUGCGGGCCCUGCAAGAUGAUUGGGCCCAAGCUAGAUGAGAUGGCCACUGAGAUGGCUGACUCUAUUGUUGUGCUGAAGGUGGAUGUCGACGAAUGCGAGGACAUUGCGACCGAGUACAACAUCAAUUCAAUGCCGACCUUUGUUUUCGUAAAGUCUUCUAAGAAACUCGAAGAGUUCUCCGGAGCUAAUGUCGACAAACUCAAGAACACAAUUCUCAAGCACAAGUAAACCGUUGACUAAGGGCUGUACGCCGCUGCCCUGUCCACCCCGGAUACCGCAGCCGGAUUUAAUAUAUACGAUACAUAAAAUAUGAAAAAAAAUAACUAGCACCUAAAGUAACUUUUAUUUCGUCCUCUAUGCAAAAGUUUUUAAUAUGUGUAACUUUUUUUUCUCUUUAAAUAUAUGUCAAUAAGUUAAUUUUGAAAUGCAUUAAAUAAACAUAUGAUUUAAAUACAUAUAUUAUGUAAUUCAUUUUAAUAUCGAUUUUCAGGGUUUAAAUAGACUAAGGUGGUUGUUUUUUUUUCUUUCACAAUUUUUGAAUCUGUGAUUAACCACAAUGUGUCUUAAAGCACGAGAUAAAAUUUAUUUUACGCACGAAAAUUGCAUUUAGAUGCGUACAUGCCCGCAACGGGUGCGCCAUUGUGUACUUUGGUUUUUUAUAUAUGUGUUACACACUAUUGUUACUACAUUAAAGAUUUUGUGAAAAAUAA